AGUUGGCGGCAGCCAAUGUCCAACAGCCGGAGGAGACAGAGGGAUAAACAGAGAGGAGGAUCACUCACUACUCACCCCGCACUGACGCUGCUCUUCCUCCCAUUGUUUGACACGUACAGUCGCACAGCCGUGGCCUCAUAUAGCGCUGUAGAGAAAAUCAAGAUGGUGAAGGAUCCAAAGAAGCCGAGGGGCAAAAUGUCCUCGUACGCCUACUUUGUGCAGACAUGUCGCGAAGAGCACAAGAAGAAACAUCCGGAAGCCUCUGUCAACUUCUCAGAGUUCUCCAAGAGAUGCUCUGAGCGGUGGAAGACUAUGUCACAAAAGGAGAAAUGCAAGUUUGAAGACAUGGCCAAACUGGAUAAGGUGCGUUAUGAGAGGGAAAUGAAGACCUAUAUUCCCCCCAAGGGCCAGAAGAAGAAGCGCUUCAAGGACCCCAACGCCCCCAAGAGACCACCGUCGGCCUUCUUCCUCUUCUGCGCAGACUUUCGCCCCAAGGUCAAAAGCGAGCAUCCUGGACUCUCCAUCGGGGACACGGCAAAGAAGUUGGGAGAGAUGUGGAACGGCACAGCCGCAGAGGACAAGCAGCCGUAUGAGCGGAAAGCUGCCAAGCUGAAGGAGAAAUACGACAAGGAUAUUGUUGCAUACCGCACAAAGGGCAAAGUGGAUUCAGCGUCAGCUAAAGCAGAGGAGGACGAUGAGGAGGAGGAAGACGAGGAGGGAGAGGAGGACGACGACGAUGACGACGAUGACGAUGACGAGUAGACUGCAAUGAUGAUGGAGCCUCCCAAGUUUUGAUUUUUGCCAUAUAAUCCUAAUAUACUCGAUUCACCGUUAUGAAACAGAAGUUGAUUGAACAAGAACAUGUGUAUAUUUAAUGUUUUUAUGAUGUACAGUGUUACGCCUCCCCUUUUAUUUUGUAAAGUUAACACUACAUAUCUUAAGUUUGCAAUUUUUUUCUAGUGGUAGUUCUUUAUCCCAGCCAUAUUCCGUAACUAUUUAGGAGGACUAUGAAUCUGUAAGAAAGUAAGUAGUCUAUAAGUGUUACAACUCAAAAAUGAGAUUUCUGAGUUGUUUAGUGUAUUUUUCUUUGUUUUGAGAAAUAUUUUUUUAUGUGCCGUCCCAAUGUCUUUUUAUUGUUCUUUGAAUACCACUCUAAUAUCAAAUGCAGCUGUCGACAUUAAAGAAUGUCUUCAAUAAAGGUCGGUUUUUUUUAAA